AUAGUUACACUCAUCCUUAUGUAAUUCGUUUUCUAACUUGAUCUUAUACGUUAAACUCGAAAAUAGGCAACAUGAACAUAUGGAUUGGCGAAAUCUUGUUUUUCCUGGUGUAUUUGACUUAUCUAAGUAAUGCUAAACCAAAUAAGAACGAAUGGCGUUUUAAAGUAAAAUUGCCGAUGGACAUUUUAGCGACACAGGAGAGUUUGGAUGAAAUGAAAACAGACAUCGAUAAUAAACUGGAUGAACUGAAAGCAGCUGUUAAUACGCGUUGUACAGCAGUCGAGGUGUGGUCUGAAUGGGGAGCGUGUAAUAAAACAUGUGGCGCUGGUGGAGUUAGGAGCAGAACUUCAGACUCUGGCGAACAGCAAUACGAAAAAUGCACACUUCCGGACUGUAGCAAAGAACUAGAUUUGGGAGAGGCAUGUCUACCCGGGUAUAGCUGUAGCGACCCCAAUGCUGAAUGCAAAGAUGUUGGAGACGGAGUAAAAUGUGCAUGCAAAGCGUCAUUCAUUCAGAAACGAUUCCAUAACGUACUAGCAUGCACAGAAGCUACAACACAAACCACAUCCGUCAUUGUAUUAGGAGGUGGUAUAGCUGGCGUUAUGGCUGCAAAGACCCUCUACGAAGCGGGUGUUACAGAUAUUAUCCUAGUAGAAGCUCAGUCACAGCUAGGGGGUAGGAUAUCUCACAUUGAUUGGAACGGUUAUACCAUAGAAAAGGGCGCGUCUUGGAUACAAGGCUUGGAUGGAAAUCCGAUUUGGGAUCUUGUUCAGAAGUUUGAUUUAAGUGGAAUGAAUUCACACCAUUCAGACAAAACUGUACGAGAUGCAAAUGGAAAUGAUGUCACUGAAGAAGUUGAUCUUUCAUACACACGCCUGGAGGCUGCACAGGAAUUUGAAGAUGAACUGGCUAUAAAGAAACUUCAAAGCAACAGCAAUGAUAUCAGUAAAAUGGUAGCACUUCGACUGGGUGGUUGGACAGCAAAAUCAAAUUUUGAUUACGCUAUAGAAUAUUUAAAAUACGAUUUCGAAUAUGCAGAAAAUAUCGACACACUUUCCCUUAAAUACGGCGUAUUAUUCAGUUAUUGGGACUUCGAGGAUGGUGACUUUCGAGUUAUUGAUCCCCGAGGUUACCGCCAUUUAGUUCAAGCCACGGCUGCUGAUUUUCUUAACGAAACAAAUACCAUGCUUAAUGAAACUGUGUCCAAAGUUGAGACAUUGAAAAACCGGGUUAGGAUCACACUUGACUCUGGAGUAAAAAUUGAAGCGGCGUAUGCAAUUAUGACAUUUAGCCUCGGAGUUCUCCAGAAUGAGAAAGUAACAUUCGAACCACCAUUUUCAUAUGAAAAGAAAGAAGCCAUUAAUGCUUUCAAAAUGUCUCACUUCACAAGAAUUGUCAUGAAAUUCCCCUAUGCGUUUUGGGAUGAAACGGAGUACGUAAUCUAUGCUGCAAAAAGACCAGGAUAUUACGUAAUCUGGGAAAACCUAAACCAUUCCAGAAUACAUCCAGGUUCGAACAUUCUUAUGUCCACCCUUACUGGGGAUGAGGCAAAACGUAUUGCUUCCCUGACAGAGGCAGAAAUCGUGGCUGAAAACAUGGGCGUUCUACGGUCGAUGUAUGGCGCGAAUAUUCCAGACCCAAUAUCCGUAUUGGUCAAUACGUGGUUAGACAAUCCUCUUACGAUGGGUUCCUAUAGCAACUGGCCAAUAGGAUUUGACGAAGACGAUCAUGAUGUUAUGACGGCACCGAUUGGAAAUUUGCAUUUCGCUGGAGAGCAUACAAACGCACGUUACUAUGGUUACACACAUGGUGCAUAUAUGUCUGGGGUAGAUGCUGCAACUAACGUCGUUGAUUGUGUGAAAUUCGGUUGUUGAUGUUUUUAAAAGAUGUAUAAAAAUGGGAAAUAAAG